UCCCGCACCUCUGCCUGGAGAAGCAGGCUCCGUAGGGAUGUGGCUGCUUUGAAGUAUCGAGCCCCACGCCUUGCUGUGGAUUGUCUCAGUCAAGCCCUUCAGGGCCCACCCCAUGAUGCCCUGAUCCUGGAUGUGGCCUGUGGCACUGGCCUGGUAGCUGUGGAGCUACAGGCUCGGGGCUUCCUUCAGGUGCAGGGGGUGGACGGAAGCCCAGAAAUGCUGAAGCAGGCCCGAGCCCGUGGCCUGUACAACCACCUUAGCCUCUGUACCCUGGGCCAGGAGCCGCUGCCCUACCCUAAAGGGACCUUUGACGCCGUGAUCAUUGUGGGCGCUCUCAGUGAGGGACAGGUGCCCUGCAGUGCCAUACCUGAGCUCCUAAGAGUCACCAAGCCGGGUGGACUUGUUUGUCUGACUACCAGGACCAACCCUUCCAGCCUUCCAUACAAGGAGGCGCUGGAAGCCGCCUUAGACUCCCUGGAGCAGGCUGGAGCGUGGGAACGCCUGGUGACCCAGCCUGUGGACCACUGGGAGCUAGCAACUUCAGAACAAGAGUCAGGGCUGGCCACCUGUGCCAACGAUGGCUUCAUCUCUGGCGUCAUCUACCUUUACCGAAAGCAGGAGACAGCCCAGGGUGAGAGAGGGAGGCUCAGUAUCCAGCCCCUAAUUGACCACUGAUCCUCUAUGUAUGGUCUUAGCCCAGUGUGUUUUCUUGGCCUUCCUUGCUCUGUCUGUAAAAUGGGUCCAUCUUCCCAACCAUGUUAGGUAUACCCCAAAGGGACUGAAAGGACUCCUCUAGUUUCAAGACCACAAGACUGGAGCGGUCAUUAACAGUGUUUGCUCCUCAAAGCAUGAGAAACUGAGAUACCUGGCAUCUUCAGCAUCCAAAAUCAACUUCACAUGUUACAAGCAUGCCUGUGUGUGAUGCCACUAUUGGGGUAGCGAGAUGGGCGGGUCCCUCAGGAGGUAACUGAACCAAAACUCUCCACUCAGUGAGGCAUCCUGUCAAGUAAUAAGGCCGAGAAGUGAGAGUGACCGGGGGUGGGGAGGUGGGGGGGUGGGAG